CUGAAACAUUUGCCCAAAUACCAGGAAAAGACUCAGCUACAUAAGAGAGGCAGCACAUAGAUGCCGCAAGUGUCAGUAAUCUUGCCAAUCUUGCCAAUUACGCACGGAGCGUUACGCACGGUUGGAUACAUCCAUUCCAUGCGCCUUUGUGAGAGCAUUUCACAGCUUCUUCGGUGACAAGCAACUAGCCCGAGAUGUUCCCACUGCCGAUGUUCACACCGGACCAAGUCGCCCGGGUGUGCGAGAACCUGGAGGAGACCGGGGACAUCGAGCGCCUCGGGAGGUUCCUCUGGUCCCUGCCCGCCGCCGUGCCUGGCUCCGCUGGGGAAGCGCUGAACCGACACGAGUCCGUGAUGCGAGCGAGAGCGCUGGUCGCCUUCCACGGGGGGAACUUCGAGGGUCUCUACCAGAUCCUCCAGAGCCACCGGUUUACACGCGAGUCGCACGCCAAGCUCCAAGACCUGUGGCUGGACGCGCACUACCGAGAGGCGGAGAGGCUCCGGGGUCGGCCGCUGGGCCCCGUGGAGAAGUACCGGAUCCGCAAGAAGUUCCCCCUGCCACGCACCAUCUGGGACGGAGAACAGAAGACGCACUGCUUUAAGGAAAGAACUCGCAGUUUGUUGAGAGAGUGGUACCUCCAAGACCCGUAUCCCAACCCGUCCAGGAAACGCCACUUGGCCCAGGCCACGGGACUCACACCCACGCAGGUCGGCAACUGGUUCAAGAACCGCCGCCAAAGAGACCGCGCUGCAUCCGCAAAGAACAGAAUGCAGCAGGAUCCGUCCCUGAUGCCCUCUGGGAGCUCACCCGACGGCUCCCUUCAGGACCGCCGCCAUCACCCCCACAUGUUGCCUCCCUCCCCUCGCCACCUGGGCAGCCCGGAGGCCAGCGACUGUAGCACGGACGAGCGCAGAGGAACAGGAGCGUCCACCCCAGAGAUCUCCGUCAGCAGCGACAGCGAGUUUGAGUCUUGAGAUGAUCACGACU